AUGAAUAUUGUAUGCGUUGAUCGUGUGUUGAGUGCAGGGCUGGGAGAAUGGAACGCCUUCGCUCUGGUUCGACCGCCAGGACAUCAUGCAGGAAUUUCUGAGCCGAGCGGUUUUUGUAUAUUCAACAAUGUGGCCGUGGCAGCUCAGUAUGCUCUUGACAAGUACAAUCUUCAACGAGUGCUCAUCCUGGAUUGGGAUGUACAUCAUGGGAACGGGACCCAGGAGAUCUUUUGGCAGGACAACCGGGUCUUAUACAUGUCAUUCCAUCGGCACGAUGAUGGUAUGUUUUAUCCAAUGGGCGAACCAAAGGAUUACGUGAACAUAGGAGAAGGUAAAGGCAAAGGCUUCUCAGUGAACAUACCAUGGAAUGCUAGCAAGAUUGGGGAUGAGGCUUAUCGCGCGGCAUUCACUAAGAUAGUAAUGCCGAUCGCUUAUGAGUUUGCUCCAGAAUUAGUUUUUAUCUCAUCUGGAUUUGAUGCUGCCACUGGAGACCCGUUGGGCGAGUACUUUGUCAAUGCUGACACAUAUGCUUUGAUGACUUACCAUCUGAUGGGUUUAGCCGGCGGUCGCAUUAUCUCUGUUCUAGAAGGAGGUAUGUGUUAA